AUGCAGCAAAAGAUGGUAAUGCAAUUGCCCAUGAAAUGCAAGAAAUGUCGAAGCAAGGCACUUCAGGUUGUAGCGAAAGCGGAAGGUGUAAGCUUUGUGGGGUUUGAAGGGAACGAGAAGAAUAAAGUGGUGGUGAUCGGAGAAGGAGUUGACGCCGUCGAAUUGACUAAGGGCCUGAGGAAGAAGGUGGGACAUGCAGACAUUACCAGUGUCACUGAGGUCAAGCCAGAAAAAAAAUAAAAAAACCCAUAUUCCUGUAAACUUCAAAAACUCUCCUGUGUGUGUGUGUGUGUGAGAAGGAGGGAGAGUGACUUCAAAAACUCUCCUUUUUGUGUGUAUGUGUGUGAGAAGGGGAGAGUG